AAACUUUUGAACUCUCACUUCUUUCUUCUCUUUGUUAUAAGAACAUACUUUUUUUUUAAUUUCAACAUAAUGGCUAAAGAUAAGGUUAUCAAGAAGUCUGCCAAGAAGAUGACUCCCUACAACUUGUUUAUGAAGACUGAGCUCGGAAGAGUAAAGGAAACCACACCCGGUAUCACACAUAAGGAUGCUUUCAAACAAGCUGCUCAAAACUGGGCCAAGUCUGCUGAAAACCCAAAGAACAAGAAGGAGACAGCUCCUGUUGAAAAGAAAUAAAUCACACCUUUUUAUCUAUAUAACAGGUCGAUUUGUUUGAUUGUCCUUUUCUUGACUGAUAUUUGUAUACAUGGCGGCUUUAAAAAAGGUCAAGACAAUCGAUACUUUUUUUUCGACUUGUCGAAGUUUCUCAAUCAUGUCGUUGAUUCCUACAUCGUUUAAUUCUUUUGUGCAAGCAAUGAUCUAGCCAAACUUUUUUUUUAGUUUACUAAAAGACAACAACAACAUACACGCAAACACACACACACACACUACGCGCGCGUUGUUUCUCUUGUUUUUUUUUAAAAAAAAAAGUGACACCAAACCUUUUCUUGGGUUUCGAGUAAUAACUGUCCUUCAUGUAAAAUGCCUUCCUCAUAAUUAGCCAUGGUAUAAGAAAAAAAAAAAAAAAAGAUAAAAAGAGGGAGAAUUUAAAAUUUUAACAUUUUUUGUGAC